ACCCCCGUCUCACGCCUGCGACUGGAACAGGAGGAUGAGUGUGUACACGCUGAACCUCAGGGUUUUCUGGCUUCUGGUCGCUUGUGUCCUCGGCGUCCUGCUGCUGCUUCAUCAUUUUGUCCUGCGAGGAUCUCAGGAACGAUCCGAUGGCUGCUCUGAUCAGGGAACCGAGUCAGUCCCGCUCCUCAAGUACGUCUUCGCCUUUGCACUGUGUUAUUUCUUCAUCAGGUACUGCUCAUCUCAGCCUGGAGCUACUAAACAAGGCGUUCAUGCUGUCGCCGGAAAACCCACGGGUCCUACGAGAGAGCUGUUGGAGGACCACUUUGAGAGGCACGUACGUCUUUCUCCGCACGUUCUCGGCCACAGCAAGGCUCAUGUGGCAAAGCUGGUGAGUGAGCUGGUGCGAGUGGGGCGGACUGAUGUACUUCCGGAGUCCUCUCUGGGGUUCCGAGGGGAUGUUGUUCAGGUUGGGAGCUCGUACGAGGAGCACAAAGUCGGUUCGCCGGAUUGUUUUGACAUCCUGGUCCCGCUUAAACUUCCCCGAGGGCUCAAAAUGGAGCCCUGCAGUUACGGCAAAAACAGUGGCGGUGCACCACUGGUCACUCUGGAGACGCCACGUAAGGAGGAAUGGCCACGGCGCCACAAAGUGUUCACGGAUGCCUACCUACGUUCAAACGGUUCCCCGGGAGUCUACAGGUUGAGCACGGACUCUGUGAUGCGCUGGUUUUACAACGCGUCCCAGCGCUGCCUGUCGGCCGUACGGUACCCCUUUGAGCAGCGCUGCUCGCUCAGUCUUUCUCUCAUCGAGGGUCAGCGUGUGCAGCUUCACCUCACGCCACGGUCCGACUACGUCUGCUGCCACAUCUCCAUGGGCGUUCGGCUCAUCCCGGCUUUCCCUCUGGGUGAUUCCGCUUUCUUGGUUGCGUCCCCCGGCGCUCAGCGAUCCAAAGACCUUUGGACGGUCUACUUCCCAAAGCAGGAGCAGAAGCUUCUCGGAUGGUUGAAAGCCAAACUCCCUGCCAGCUCCUGCCAUCUCAAAAGCCUUCAGCUGCUCAAAGAAGUGCGGGACCUCGGCGGGCAGGCAUUAGACCAGCAAGCCGGAGCCGAGUGGAAAACGGUGCUUUCGUCCUACGUACUGAAAACCGCUUGGCUACGUGUCCUGCUCAGCACGCCUUCCGACGCCUGGGAAGAUCGGCACCUGAUGGACAGGAUGGAGGACCUGCUGCGUUUUCUAAGAGACAAGCUACAAAGCGGGAGUCUACACCAUCUCCUUCUCGGAGGUGACAAAGGGCUGCUACCUGAAUCUGUCUCUCUGCCAAAGGUCGUUAAGGAAGCGGUGCCGUCUAACCUGUGGUCCGAAUUCAGCUGCGAGUCCCUUGAGCUCGUCAGCGCUCGACUGUCCCAUUCCUGGACCCACCUGCCUCGUUUAAUCCGUCUCGGGCGUCCACAGAGGACAUCUCUGGGACGGGGGAUCCACUGUAAGCACAUUGACUCUGAAUAGACGCUGGAUGUCCGAAUAGGAUCUCAGGUGUGCGCGUCCUCUGACCUCCGCCGUCUUGUAGCAUCAGGUGUGUUUUUGAGUGUAGAAGGACGAGCAGGGGUUUGUUUUUUUAAGCAGUAUUUUGAAAUGCAGGUUUUUAUUUGUUUGGAGAAGACGUGAGUGCGGUGUAGUACGCUGGUACAAACCCUGAUUAAUGUACUGUAUCUCAGAGGUCACGAAGGUCAAACCGUUUCAAUCAGCUCUAAGAGACUAUGUGUGUGUGUGUGUGUGUGUGUGUGUGUGUGUGUGUGUGUGUACAUGCUCUCAACCAAAGACAGGACCAGCUGCGUGUUUCAGGUGAUAUAAAUUCCUACAUGGGUUGAGUUUUGGUCUGACUCACACACACAUGUGGGUCAGUGACAGUCAGAGCAGGUUUAACACCAAGAAGGGCACAAAUUUCCACACAUACACACACACACACACACACACACACAUCACAUGCAUACACACUUCUUAGCCCUAGAGAUACACCUCUAUGAGAUGUUGCCACGGAGACGGGGAUUUCACACUGGGGUCACCAGGUGGGCGAGUCGUUCCGUCCCGCUGCGAGUCACAAGUGAUGUUCUCUCUACGUUUCUCCACAUGUUUCUUCCUGUUUAUACACACACACACACACACACACACACGUCAGAUGUUUUUGUUCUUUUUUUGUCUUUUUUUCAUCUCGAACACGUUAAAUACACCAUGGAAUCACACCUCAGGAUAUCUGAGUCACACAACAAGCUGAAUCUCUCUCUCUCUCUCUCUCACACACAUACACACACACACACACACACACACACACACACACACACUUCUUGCUCAACUAUUCAAGUCCUUUCUGGUUUCACUUCACUUCACUAAAAAGCAGAACAGAAUGUAAAAUGAGGAAAGAAGUUCAGCAGCGUUUAACAUGUUUUUAGUACAAGGGAACAGUUACGUCACGGCUUUAUACACAUCACACACGUGGGAGUGAGCGAGUGAGCGAGAGGGAUGGACGGGGGGCGAGUGGGUGAGGGAGUGAUGAAGUGAACGAGUGAGUGAGUGAGUGAAUAAGGGAGUGAACAAAUGAGGAAGGGAGAAAGUGAGUGAGUGAAUUAGUGAGUGAGGGAGUGAAUGAGGGGGUAAGAAAGGGAGAGAGUGAACAAAUGAGGGAGUGAGUGAUGGAGUGAACAAAUGAG